CAUUAUCAAUUAAGGAACGCAAUCAAACAACAGAUUUUGUGCAUCAACAUGGCUUUCAAAUUCCUCACCUUCUUUGCUCUGGUUGCUGCCACCAGCGCUGCCAUUCUACCAGUUGCCAUCAAGUCUAUUGAAUACCAGGAUGCGCCAGCUGAGUACCAGUUCUCGUACUCCGUUCAUGAUGACCACACCGGGGAUAUCAAAAGCCAACAGGAGGAACGACAUGGCGACGUUGUGAAGGGACAGUACACUUUGAUCGAUGCCGAUGGCUAUCGCCGAGUAGUCGACUACACCGCCGAUGAACAUAAUGGAUUCAACGCCCUGGUGCACCGUGAGCCACUUGGUCAGAAGAUUGUCAAGACAGUUGUCCCAGUUGCCAAGGUUGUUGCUCCAAUUGCUCAGCACUACGCUGCUCCUGUGACCAAGAUCGCCUAUCCAGUGUACAAAAGUGCUCUCCCGGUUGCUAAAGUAGCCAUCCCAGUCCAGAAGGCUGCCUACAGCAAUAAUCUGGCCACUGUCAGCUUCUCUGCCCCAAGCCUUAGCUAUAACUACUAAGAGUCGUUAGAAUGAAUUGUUGAAUUAUUAUAAAAUGGUUAAACAAAUUUAAACAAUAUGAAAAGAAUAAAAUUAUAGCAUA